UUAUAUGUACAUCUCUAAUGUCAUGGCGGACACAAAGCAAAGCGGUGGGGAAAAAAAAUUAUGUGCAAGCAGAAUGGAAAAUCUCACAUAAAAAAUUUAACUUUCUGCAGCCAGUGAAUUGUAAACUAAUAAUGUGUACGAUAACAGUAACAGUGAGACAAUAAUAUAUAUUUUAGUAUAUCAAUUACAAAGUGUACGGCUAGGUGAAAUAACGAAAAUAUGACGCGAAAAUAUGAUUUCAACUUCGUGCAGGCGCCACCAACAAAAUCAGUGUUUGUAGUGUCAGUGGAAAAUUGGCAAUUGCGUACGUUUAUGUAAAUGUUGAGUACGGGGGAAUAAAAACAAAUUGCAAUUAUCAUCUAAAUAUUAAAUUUUGUAUUAACUGUGUAUUAAUAACGGUCGUAUUUGCACGUCUCAAAGAGAAAAAUAUUGGGGGAAAAAGAGGCGCGAAAAAUUCGCAACAAAAUGGUUGUCUCAAAAGACAACAAGCGUCGCCGUAAGGAAACGGAGACCCCGCCAACGUCAUCGUCGUUGGCGGCAGCGGCGACCGUUGCUAUAGAGUCAUCACCUGAGAUGCCCAAAAGAACAAAGGUGCAGGCGCAGCGUAAAUUUGCACAAGGCCAGAGCGCGCCCACCGCUGCAGGCGGUUUCAGUGCGGUCAACGUUGCAGCAGCAGCAGCAUCCUCAGCGGCAGCGUCUGGACCUAGCACAUCCACUGAAAGCCACCAACCACCGAUUGAGAUAUUGCCAAAUAAGUGUCCCAAGGCACAUGAUUUUGUCACAUUUCUCUGUCUACGCGGCACCUCGGCUUUGCCCGCCCAUUUGGACUACUUGAAUCAGGGCAAGAGCAAGGCAAAUGAAGCUCCACCAGCCAGCGAUACCAGCAGCAACAGUAAAAAGAAGAAUAUUGGCAAAAAGAAACGCGGCAGACCAGCCAAAACAGCAGCAGCAACGGCAACAACCACAGCUAAAGCUAAAGUUGAGCAAAUGCAACAGCAACAGACGCAGCAACAACAGCAGCCGCAGUUGGUGCAGCCAGAACUGGGAACAGCGGAUAAAGCAGCUAGUGAUAAAACUGAAUCUGUGAAGCCUCUGCCAGCAGCUCCUCCUCCUGUGCUCCUGGCGGGCGCAGUGCGCAAGCGUGCCGAAGUAGUAGCCGAGGGCAAUAGACGAGGCGCCAGGCGCACUGAGAUCUUAAAGCGACGCUCGAAUCGCGCCAGCAAUAAGGAAAAGGAAGAUGAAUCAGAACAAACUAAAGAUGAUUCCGCUCAGCAAGGGGAAGACGAGGAAGAGGACGACGAUGAUGAGUUUUUCUCCGCCCACGAUGCGAGUUCACGUAAUGGUGGCGCUGAUGAGACCAAGUCGGAAACGACACACUCGAAUCCCAAACGCGGACGCAACCAGGCAAUAUCAGCAGCAGCGGCGGGUAGAAAAUCACGAGCGGCUGUCUCUCCAGCGGUGACCGAGAACAGCAGCAGCAAGGAUAAGGAAAAGGGUCCUGUGAAGCGGGUGCGGCAACGGGAAUCGCCUAUAUUCAUACCCUCGCCAGAGUCGUCGGGGCGUAUGACACGCCAGCGGGCUUUUUUUGAGCCCGUCAAGGUGCCGCCCAAACAGGAGCCGGACACGGAAGAUGAAAAGGAGAAGGAAAAGGAGGUGCAGGAGCAGAAGAAGCCCGCUGCAGCGACCGAGACCAAGAAGCGAGAGAUCAGCAAGGAGAAAACCAACUCAAGCAUUUAUGCCAAAGAUGCGGCCAAGAAGCAAUUAGAAAACGGAAGCACAACCUCAACUGUGACAGCGACCGAACAGCAGAAGGGGCUGAAUGUAUUCGACUUCAGUUCCGACGAUGAGCAGCCACUGGCCAAAGCCAUAAAGCUGAAGAAGGGCGCUAAAAAGAGUGCAGCAGGAACAGGCGCAACUGCAGCAGCAGCAGCCGCCACAAGCAACGCACGUGGGCGCAAGUCAGCAGGCGGAUCAGCAAAAAAACAGCAGCAGCAACGAGAAGAGGAGAAGGCAGAAGCAACGACACCCAGCAAGACGGAGGCGGAACAGUCCAAACCGAAGCGAGGAAAAGCGCUCAAAAAGAAAGCAGAAGAGGAAACUGAACAGCAGGAAGAAGGAGAUGGAGAGUCAGAAACAUCGCCGCCCUCGCCCAAGAAGCCGGCCCAGAGUGCUCGUCCCGUGCGUCGUCAGGCGCAGUCAAAGGCAAGCAAAGCCGAACGAUCAGUGAGUCCCAGUCCGCAGCGGAGUCAACGGCCGUCGCGAAAGACGAAGGAGGCGGCGGCUAUCUAUAUGGGCAUCAUUGGGCACAAGCUGCAGAUGGCGGACGAUGAGGAGGAUGACCUAUCGUUGAGCAGCUUUCCAGACAUACCUAAUGUCAAGCAAAUGGAGAAGAUGGAAAAGGAGAUGAAGAAAAAUGCGUCUGGCAAGUCAGGAACAGCAGAAAGUUCAAAAAAGUCUAAUAAAUCCGCAGCUGCAGCGGAGACGCAAAAUGCAGCAGGAGCAGCGGAAGCAACAACUGUAGUUGCAGAUGCCGAGCAGAAUCCGGCUCUAUCUUCACCAGAAGCGACAACAGCAGCAGCGCCGCCAGCCCCAGCGAGACGUGGUCGUCCGCCCAAGCAGGCAAAAGGGGCAACGGGUGGUGCGAGUGGAUCAGCGGCUCCGACUGGCAAGCCACAAAUUGAGGGCAUGCUGGUAAAAAAGGGUGCACUGGCCCUGGCCAAAGCCAAGUCCGAACAGCAGCAACAAAAAAACCAACAGCAGCAACAAAAAAACCAACAGCAGCAACAACAACAUCAGCAGCAACAGAAAGACGACUCCGAUGCGGAGGAGGAUUUUUUAAUCAAUGAGGAGCUAAACGAAACCAAGCGCAAGCUGGAAAAGAGUUUUAGCGACUCAGAUGACGAGCCAUUGGCCAUUAAAGUGCCCUCAGCAACAGCCACAGCAGCGGCAGCAGCAGCAGCUGCAGCAGCAACAACAACAGCAGCAGGAGCAGGAGAAGUGACGAUAACAACAACAACAGCAGCAACACCUGCAACAACAACCAAACCUUUGACCCCGCAACCCAGUUGUCCACCCACUGCGCAAGGCACCACGCAGCUAACGAUGCUGCCACUGACCGCCAAGCCCACGCCUUACUCCAUAUCGCCGCCCAGCUAUGCGUCGGCUGCAGCCACACUGAAGGCCAUGGAGAAGAAGUCGCCGGUGCCCACGUCGAAGAUACUUAAUGUGCCCGCCACGUAUGCGCUUCCAGGUGCUGCGGGCGGCGGUCUCAGUACGGCAGCUGUGGGAUUCGCGAAGACCUCAUCGUAUUUACCGCAAGCAUCGCCGCAUUAUCAUACGCCGUAUGUGCGACCCUCGACAUUUGGAGUUGCUGCAGCGGCGGCGGCAGCGGCAGCAGCUGCUGCUGGCAACAAGACGCCCCAACAUCAACAGCAGCAGCAACUAUCAUCAACAUUGGCCACAGCCAGCAGCGUGACAUCCCCGUUGAAAUAUCAGACGCCACCCACAACUUAUCCGCCGCCCAUUGAGGCGUAUCAGUGCCCCAAGAUAAAUCCCAAUUUUCUAACGCCCAAAUAUGAGCGCAGCAGUGUUCUGCCGCGCGCCAACAACAUUGUCAACAACAACAACAGCAUCGGCAGCGUGGCAGCGAGCAAUGCGCUGAGCAACAGCAGCUUUACGGCUACGACAGCAGCGCGCUCCACGAUCAACAGCCUCACGACGCCUGUGGCAGCCGCACCAAAGAGCGUAACAGUUAGUCAGAGUCAAAGUCUCAAUCUCAGUCUAAGUGCCACGCCUACGCCGAUGGCCUCCACAUCGGCGGCGGCAGCAGCUGCAGCGGCUGCUGCAGUUGCUUCGCAGCAACACCAACAUCAGCAACAGCAACAACAGUUGCAGCAGCAGCAACAACAACAACAACAACAGAAUCAACAACAGCAGCAAGCGUCGACAGCGCCAAGCCAACUGCAGCUGACAGCAGCAACAGUUGCAGCUGCAGCAGCAGCAACAACAACCACAGCAACACCUGCAACACAGACCAGCAACAGCAAUGCGGACCCGCUGAAAGAUGAAAUCGGCAGCAUCCUGGCACAGGCCACGCUCAUGCCCAGCAAAGAGGAGUCGGGCAAGAUUUUUGGCAUAGCCAGCGUUAGUUUGGCCCAAAGCUCCGGGCCGGACAACACCAAAUGCACGCUGGGAAAAUGUGGUUCCAUACACAAACCGGUGCUGGGGCCGGUGGUGCCCACCGAGGGAUACUUUGGCGAUCAGCUGUCGAGCAAGGAGCGACGCAAGGCCAAGGUGAACAUGACGCACGAGCAGAUACAAAAGUGGCUGAUCGAGUGCAGCUCGAAUCCGGACGAGAUCCAGGAUGAUCUGGACGACGAUUACGAUGACAGCUUGCGGCCGCAGCAGGCGCAAACUCCACCAGGACCCACCACCCGCGAUGACAAAGAGAGCACCAGCUUCAGCAGCUCCUCAAAGAAUACGCGCGGCGAGCUGGGCAAGAGCGAGAGCGCCUGGUCAGCCAAGGGCCCGUCCCUGAAGGCGACCCCAGUGCUAGUCAGCAGUGCUACAACGGCGGCAACAAUUGCUGGCAAUCGCAAGGAUACAGAGGCAGAGCCCGAAACUCUGGACUUUGACAAGUGCAUGACGCCCGUGAAUCUCACCCAGAAAUCGCAGCUGGAAACAUCGGCGGGAGACAAAAAGCCGAAGAAUGCAGCCAGCAAUAGUGCGAAGGCAGCUGCAACGCAGCCUGCUGCAGCAGCCGCUGGAGCGGGCAGCAAACGAAGCGCCACUGCCACGCCCACGCCCAGUGCAACGCCCACGCCGCCACCGCCGCCGCCCAGUAAACAGAAAGCAGCUAAUAAAAAGCAGACAAAUGCCGCCGCAGCGGCAGCAGCAGCAGCUGCUGCAAAACAAACAACGCCACCGCCCAGUCCGAGCAACACUAAAGCAGGAGCGUCAACGCCAGCCACGCCUACCAAGCGAACGCCUGUUUACCAGAGCCAGAGCAAGGCCAAGGCCCAAGCGCAGGCAGAAAGCAAGCAGCAGCAGCAGUCGACCAAAGUUGCCGAAAAAACUUCUAUUUAUGCCUUUGGCAAGGAGGAGGAUUCAGCAGCAGCUGGAGCAGGUGGGGCUGCAGCAACAACUGUUGCAGCGGGCAAAGCAACUAAUCGUCGUCGCAAUGCAGACAAUGAUACAGCAGCGCCGCCGCCGGCGCUCAGCGAGCGCUCCCCGACGAAAAAACGCGCAGCUGCAGCGGCGGCAGCAACGGCAGUGCAGUUGACGCUCAGUCCCACUGAUAAGCUGGAGAAGCCCAAUAAAGCAGCAACAGCAUCAGCAGCAGCGCGAAAGAAACAACAGCAACAACAACAACACCAGCAGCAGCAACAGCAGCAACAAGCAACAGCAGCUCCGGCAGCCAGCACAGGUGGAGAUUCUGAUGCUGAAGGCGCCACCUUCUAUAUACCACUGCUGCAGGGUGCAAGCGGUGGUGGUGAGGGCGGCAUACAAGGCGUGGCCGUCAAGCUGGGACGCGAAGGUCCUGACGGGCCCAAUCAGAAGGUCGUGAUGCAGGCAACGCUCGUAACUAAAGCGCAAAUGGACACCAAUUCCUCGAAGCCGCUGCCGGACAAUGAGCUGGUGAAAACGCUGCUCAAUGCCGCCAAUACAAGCAGCGAUGCCGUUGCCGCCGUCAUAGCAGCCACCAACAGCCUGAAGGCCAGCACAUCAUCUGCAGCAGCAACAGCAGCGACAGCGGCGGGCGCUGCAGCAACGGGCCUGGUUCGCGUCAAUUCGAAUUCUUCGCUCUUCUCCGGCUCUGGCAAGUCGCGCACUGCUGCAGUGACGGCCGCCUCGACAGCCCUGGCCAAGAAGUACAAGGAUGAUACGCCCAUUAAGAUGGCCAAUAAUACGGCAUUCCCGCGACACGAUGACCCCACCCAGAUGGUCGAGGCGCCUAUAUUUAAGCCCACCGAGAAGGAGUUCGCCGAUCCCAUUGAAUUCAUUGAGCGCAUCACACCGAUCGCUGCCCGCUUCGGCAUCUGCAAGAUCAUACCGCCGGCCAGCUUCAAGCCCGAGUGUCGCAUCUCGGAUGAGAUGCGCUUCACGGCGUACAAUCAGUAUGUGCACAAGAUGCUGCACCGCUGGGGGCCCAGUGCCAAGGAGCUGAGCGCGAUCAAAAAGUACUUGGCCACCCAGAGCAUUGUGAUGAAUCAUGCGCCCUGGAUUGGUGGCAUGGAGGUGGAUCUGCCGCGUCUAUAUCACACCGUGCAGGAGCUGGGCGGCCUCAAGGAGGUCAUCGAGAAAAAGAAAUGGGCCCGCGUGGCCGAAGAGAUGUGCAUACCGAAGCUCGCUCAGGAUCGUGUGACCAAGCUGGACGACAUCUACUGCAAGUACUUGUUGCCCUACGACACCCUCUCACCGGCAGAGCGGCAGAAGCUCUUCGAUGAGGUCGAGGCGGAUUGGGCGAAGCGAGAGGCACGCGCUCGACGCAAUGCGGAUCGUUUUGUGAAUAGUACCGAGAGCGUUUCAAACGAGGAGGACGAUGUAUCCACGGACGAGGACGAGGAGUCGGAGGAAGAGAUCGAUGGCGUUUCGAUGGAGUGCAUUGUCAAGGGCCGCAGCAUGGCGCUCAGUCAAUUCUAUCGGAUAGCGCGCAACACCAUGGCCCUGUGGUUCAAGAGCACCGAUCCGACGGUCAACGAAGUGGAGGCUGAGUUCUGGCGCCAUGUAGCCGUGCGCGACAGUCAUGUGUGCGUGCAUUCGGGCUCCAUUGAUAGCUCGGGCUGGGGCUACGGUUUUCCUAGUCCGGGUCCCAAGGGCAAGGGCUCAAACUAUGGGCGUCAUCCGUGGAAUCUCAAGGUUUUGACCAAUAAUGCGGGCUCCGUGCUGCGCUCACUUGGACCUGUAAUGGGUGUCACAGUGCCCACGCUCCAUGUGGGCAUGCUCUUCUCCGCCUGUUGCUGGUAUCGUGAUCCCCAUGGGCUGUCCUGGAUAGAGUAUCUGCAUACAGGUGCCUCCAAGCUGUGGUACGGCAUACCCGACGACCAGAGCGCCAAUUUCCGUUCGGCGUUGACGUCGCUGAUACCGACGCACUGUCAGAAUAAGACGAUUUGGCUACCCUGUGAUACGGUGAUGGUACCUCCCCAUAUGCUCACCGAUCGCGGCGUCUCGCUGUGCCGCAUCGAGCAGAAGCCGGGCGAGUUCAUUGUAGUUUUCCCGCGCGCCUAUACCUCCAGCCUUGCCACGGGCUAUGUGGUCUCUGAGAGCGUCUAUUUCGCAACUAUGUCGUGGCUUGACUUAGCCAAGGAUGAUUUCAGGGACAUUCAUGAGAGCUGUGAACCGGCAAUGUUCUCCCUGGAGCAAUUGCUCUUCGCUCUAGGCUACGAUCAGCGCGUCAAUUCGGAUACACUGCAGCAAAUGCUGCCCAUGCUAAACGAGGUCUGCGAGAAGGAAUCUGCGGCACGCGAGCAGCUCAGGGCCGCUGGCGUCACAUCCACCGAAAAAGUGCAGGCGGAGAAGGGUCAAAAGGCCAAGAAGCAACAGCAACCGCCGCACAAAUCAAUUGAGAGCGAAUGCGAUCUAUGUCGGGCCAAUCUGUAUAUAUCGAUGGUGCGCACCGAGGAGGGCAACGUCUACUGUUUGCAGCAUGCGCUCAAAAAUCUCAACAACGGCAACAUUCAGGCCAAGCAAUGUAAACUAAUCUAUGCGUACAAUGUCGACGAUAUUCAACAGCUGAUACGGCAGCUCCAGGAGAAGAUUCAGCACAAGGCAGCCGUUAAGAAAAAGUAGCAACGUCGGCGACGCUACUAAAUGAGCGCAAUUAUGAUAUAAACGAUCUAAAACGAUUUAAACAGCAGUGUUUAAGUAUCUUUGUAUAUAGGAAAUAGCAUAUAUGCAUAAAUGUAUUUAUAAAUCUUGUAGCAUAUAGAUUAUAUAUAGAUUUAUACAUAUAUGUGUGUGUAGGGUUUUCAUCGUGGCAAUGCUUGCAAUUUGACUAGUUUAUACAAACAUAAAUAUAUAUAUAUAUAUAUACAUAUACGUGUAUAGAUAUAUAUUUAUAGGAAUGCAUCAACAAUAGGUGUAUAUAGCAACUAAUAAUGUUUAAGUAACGCGUUUGCAAUGAUUUUGUUUUCCAUUUUCUUUUGUUAUUACUGAGUAUAUAUAUAUAGAUUUAUCCUGUGUGUUAUUGAUUGUAUAUGUAUAUAUACUUAUACUGAAAGAAUCAACUUAGGAAUUAGUUAGCUUACAAUUAAGUCAAGAGCUUGCGCUCGCCGUCAGUUAAUACAAAGAUUUAAGCACACUGCUAACGAGUGGCAAUUUCUACUACCUUUUUUACACUAAAAUAUGUACGAUUAACAAUUACUAUAAGCAACAUAUAGACAUCUGAUAUGAAUGGGAGACGUACUCUUAGAUAGCAAUAGCAAUAGAAAUAGAAAUAGCAGUUGGCCCAGCGCGCUAUAACCAAACUAAUCUAAUGCAAGAAUAACUUCCUAAACUCCUGGCAAAUCUUGCAGCUGAUAUAGCGUUACAUUUUAUAGAUGUUCCAGUUUGAUGUAAUGUACUUUUUAAAUAUACAUGUAUGCAUUAUUUAUCAAAUACCAGUGCUAUAUAUAGUAAAUGGAUAAGCACACACGCAAUCACACAACUCUUGACAAAGCAAACCCAAAAUAGUAAUGAAAAGUAACUAGACAACAGUCCAUAUUUCAAGUCAAAUGAGGUAUGAAUGGGAAGUUUAAUAUAGAUGUUCUAUGUAUUUAUAUAGUUGUAAAAGUGUAAUACAAUAUUUAAUUAACAAGUGCAACAAUAAAUCUUAACUCGAAAUAUUACAAGUUGCACGGUAAA